AUGUCCUAUUACGAGGGCUCCCGGCCAUGGCCUGCCGUUGGCCAGAGCGCAUGGAACGACCUGGACAUUGACAGCCAGACUGUCCGCUCCGGUGCUAGCUCCACUGUCCCGAGCCAGGCACCUCCGCCACCGGCGCAGGGUCAGGAGGGCCUUCCGUUUUACCAUCAGCUCGAGGAAGUGGAUCGUGCCAUUGACAACUUGGUUAAGAGUGGCAAGAUGUUUGGGGUGCCUGGUCGACGUGAGUGGAAUUCUCCCCCCAUUGGCCCUGCUAGGAAGCACCCGGGCUCUGAUGGCCGCCAGGGACACAUGAACUCGCGCCCUCACUCGAUGGCCGAGUUUGGCGACGCUCGUGGCGCGCACCAGUCGAACCUCCAGAACUUCUACGCGAACCAGAGACACCAGUCGUCCCGCGGCUCAAACGAGGCCGAGCAGGUCAUCCAGGCUAAGCGCCGCAUGGCUGCCCAGCGUGAGCGCGAGCUUCGGAACUACCACCAGGAGCAGCAAUACAACCGAAGUAGGCCUUCCCCUUCCGUCUAA